UAGCUACGCAUUUAAAAGACAACAUAAGGACGGACUACUCAUAGCCACAAAUCUAGAGGCUACGCACUUAGCUAUGGACGUUUGGUUGAUAAGAGCUCUGCCCUUCAUCAUUCUACUUGUUUGAUAUUGGAAAGGAGAACACGAGCGAGUCCUGGAGGUUAUUUUAGACUACAGUACAUAAUUUCCAAAGCCAGUCCUCGCAUAGAGCAAAGAUGCUACUUCCACUUAUAUUCAUUCUGUUUUUCAAUUUAAGUUGGGGUCUUCCAAUUGACACGGUCAUUCUGUUCCAGCGCUCGGGAGUGGUCGGCGAGAUGGAGACCGUCGAGCAGGUCUUGGUCAACGGAGCACCUCCCUCCAGCGGCGGGAAGUACGUCAGUGGAAUUCUCCGAGCUGUAUUGAUGGGCAACUACGAGUCUUUUCAGCAGGCGUUCGAGAUCGAAGAAAAUGUCACCAACACCAUGACAAAAAAUCCUACUUACCAGUACCUGCGUGUGCGUGAAUGCAAACUGAAUGGAUUUCGAGUGGUGCAUUCGACCGACCAGCUCCUUGUCAACGGGAAUGACUUCCUGACUUUGGACCAAUCCACAGACACCUGGACAGCUGAGGUACCACAGGCCCUCUCACUCAAACAGCUUUGGGACUGGGACACUGAGUUCACGAGGAGGGAGAAGAUGCAACUCCAUGAGAUCUGUACCGAACUGAUGAAGGAGCUCAGACAAUCCGAGCCCACCACCAAUAGAGGAACGUCCCUGCUGACUGUCCUGGCUCCACUGUUUGCAUGCCUGACCUUUGUUGUCAUGGUUAUUGCAAGCUUCCUCCUCUCUAAACAACAAGAUCCCAGAGUUUCCAGACACCCUGGAGGUGUACUUGGCUCCAUUGUCCACUACUAUCAGAAUGUCACAGAAACACAAUCAGGAAAAGACUACCAGGCCCUCUAAAACUCAACCCACCUCCGCUCAUCCACCUCUGACUGCUCUGUGAAGGGAGUAGUACACAGCGUUGUGCAAUUUCUCACAUGGAAUAGCCUUCAUUUCUCAGAACAAGAAUAAAGUGACGAGUUUC